GUUAGAACUGACACGGACUUUUGACACGGCAAGCCGCCCAAACGCACGCUUCCUCAUUGGCAUGGUCCAAUGUUGGAGACCUCGCAUACAUUACCGGGGUAAUUUUUAGUCGCUCAUACCUAGCAUAUCUGAACAGGGGGUGCAUAGAUAGCCUGGUAUUCUGCAUCCAAUUCAACGGCUGGAGAAGAAUACAUUUGUUGAAUCACUUAGUACGGUUUGCAGCAAACAACAGAUUAGAGCUGUCAAGAUUCGAUAAAAGUCUUGAUGGUUGUCAAGAUGUCUGGCUGAGUCGGCAGGUCUGAGCUGUGGGGAACAAACUGACUCUUCAUGCUCUCACAACCACGUCCACACAGCUUCUAUGGGUCGUUUUCACCUGACAGCAUUUUUUAUGUCUCCAACGAAGGAUUUUCGCAUAUAUAUGUUGAAAUAUGGAAAAGGAGAUAACGCCAAACCGAAACUUUCGUCCUCUGACCAACGAUUCUGUGAAGGAGAUACAGCGGCUGAUAGACGAGAAAAAGGAGCGACUUCGGAAGAUCAAGGAAGGAGAAAUAGACGAAGAUGAAAUCGAAGAACAUGAGAUUGAGGACCCCGAUCCGAAGCUGUCGGUGGGAUGUGUCCUUCCCGACUACCUCGGGGAGUUUCCCGAUGAUUACGUGGGUCGACCUUUAGAGGACAUUGACCCGUAUUAUGCAGAUAAAGAGACGUUUAUCGUGAUAGCAAAGGACAGGAGCAUAUUCCGUUUCAGCACCACUAGUGCCUGCUAUAUCUUCACUCCUUUCCAUCCCAUCCGACGACUAGCACUCUACACACUAGUGCACUCAUUGUUUAGCACGUUGGUCAUGCUCACAAUCUUAGUGAAUUGCGUGUUUAUGACUAUGACAAAUCCACCGGAAAUCACAGAGUAUAUAUUCACCGGCAUCUACACUUUUGAGAUGACAGUAAAGUUAUUGGCUAGAGGGUUCGCUCUUACACAUUUCUCUUACCUGAGGGAUCCAUGGAAUUGGCUAGACUUUGGAGUUAUCGGAUUAGCAUACAUUACCAUAUUCGUAGAUCUGGGGAAUUUGUCAGCUCUGAGAACCUUUCGAGUUCUGCGAGCAUUGAAGACUAUCUCAGUAGUCCCAGGUCUGAAGACUCUGGUCAGCGCUUUGAUCCAGUCCGUUAUCAACCUCCGAGACGUCCUGAUCCUGACCGUCUUCGCUCUCUGUGUGUUCGCCUUAGUCGCUCUCCAAAUCUACAUGGGACAGCUUCGCCAAAAGUGCAUUAGAAUUAUUCCCGAAUUCAUGAACAUUUCCGAAUACCUUUCUUUUUGGCCCAACUCAACUUUACCUGACGAGUAUUGGGACAAUUAUACAAGUUGGUCAGGAUUGGGGGACGACUUUUUGGUCACCGUUCCAAAUAUCACAGAUCAGAUGUGGUUUCUUUGGAACAAUAAUACAGAAAACUUUCAAAUAGGAGACAUCUCAGAAUAUAAAGUUUGCGGCAACAGCAGCGGUGGAGGAAUAUGUGCUGAAGGCUUUAGGUGCCUGCCAGGGUUUGGCCCCAACCCCAACUAUGGUUACACCAAUUUUGACUCAUUUGGCUGGGCCGCACUGGCAUCCUUCAGACUCAUCGUACAGGACUACUGGGAAAAUCUUUAUCAGUUGAUAUUGGCGGUGGCAGGCCCAGUGCAUAUAAUGUUCUUUAUCGUAGUUAUAUUCUUGGGAUCAUUCUACUUGGUCAACCUUAUCUUAGCUGUUGUGGCGAUGUCUUAUGAAGACGCUUCAUCGGAAACAGCAGAGGAAGAAGCAGAAGCUGCAGCGAAAGCUGCGGCUGAGGCAGAGGCAGAAACAGCGUCAGAGGCUCAGAAAAGCUUAGAACGAGCAUCAAAGAAGACGGCCUCGGCUGCCGGUGAUAUAGAGAAGGGAGCAGGAGCAGUGGACUAUGAUUCGGAUGAUGAAGAGGAGGAGACGAUUGCUCAGAAGCUGGACAGGAUAUUCUGCAGCUGGUCCUGCCCUCCAGUGUGGAACAAAUUCGCUAACCUGUGUUUUCUUUUCAUCUGUGAUCCCGUCAUGGAACUGUUCAUUACCCUUUGCAUCGUUCUCAACACUCUCUUCAUGGCCAUGGACUACCACGGCAAAUCCGAACAUAUGACUUACGUUCUCCAGCAGGGGAACUACGCUUUUACCGGCAUUUUCGCUGGUGAGAUGGUAUUGAAGAUGAUAGCUCUGGGUCUGAAGCAGUACUUCACUGUGGGCUGGAACAUCUUUGACUCCAUUAUUGUGACGCUAAGUCUCGUGGAGCUUGGACUGGAGGGCGUGAAAGGCUUGUCAGUACUCCGGUCUUUCCGUUUGCUUCGAGUCUUCAAGCUGGCCAAGUCCUGGCCAACGCUGAAUCUUCUCAUCUCCAUCAUCGGGAACUCGCUGGGCGCUCUGGGCAACUUGACGUUCAUCCUUGGCAUUGUGGUGUACAUCUUCGCCGUCAUCGGCAUGCAGCUAUUCGGGGAGUAUUACACAGCCGAGGCGUUCGGUGGCACAUUGCCCAGGUGGCACUUCCAAGACUUCUUUCAUGGCUUCAUGAUCAUCUUCCGAGUUCUGUGCGGCGAGUGGGUGGAGACUAUGUGGGACUGUAUGCACUGUGCCGGCUCCGCGUACCCAGCCUGUCUCAUCAUGUUCCUCCUCACCAUGGUCAUUGGCAAUCUUGUUAUCCUCAACCUCUUCCUUGCCCUGCUUUUGAGUUCCUUUAGUGGGGAUAAUAUAGGAGAAUCGGGAUCGGAUGAGCCCAACAACCUACAGAUUGCCAUCGACAAAAUAAAAUGGUUUCCCAAGUUUCUUCUGUCGCUGUGCUUACCCUGUGUCCCCACGCCCAAGAAGAAUUGGCCACCGUACACUGACCAAGGUAAAGAGGAGGAGGAGGAGGAAAGUGGCAUACACAUGAUCGACGGACAAGCAGUUAUCAUGCAGAACGGUUCGGUCAGUAAGUUGGAGGAUCCGGACAAAUGGAGCGCGUCCAACGGCGUCGUGGUUCCCAUCGCCGGCUUUGACUCCGAACUGGACAUCACGGGAAUGAGCCCGUCCCAGAAGAAGCUGAACUAUGAUGAGAUGGGUGAGAAAAAAGGCAGUAACUACUCCUUAUCCUCGGGGAGUGUGACGUCCGGGAGUCUGGAGACAUUGAGUGAGAAGGAAAAGGGGACGUUGGAAGCCGAGAGCACUAAGUCUCACUCCGAGACCACUCUGACUGGGGAGGGGAAGGGAGGAGAGGGGGAGGAAGAGGAGCCCCCUACAAAGUGCUGGGAAGAUCUGGAGGAGAACGCUCCCGAUUGUUUAUGUGAAGGUUGCUACAAAAAAAUUGCUUUUUGUGCGAAUGUCGAUGAAACCGGAUGGGGACCCACGUGGAACGCCAUUCGGGCGCGUGCGCACUGGAUUAUUGAACACAAGUGGUUCGAGACUUUCAUCAUAGCGAUGAUUAUGUUCAGUAGCUUGGCUCUGGCGAUAGAGGAUAGACAUAUCCGCCAACGCCCGACCUUAAAGAAGAUUCUUGAAUAUGCGGAUCUUUACUUUACGUUUAUUUUCUUCAUCGAAAUGUUAUUCAAGUGGCUUGGAUACGGCUAUAAGAAGUACUUCACGAAUGCCUGGUGCUGGCUGGACUUCAUUAUUGUUAUGGUGUCACUGGUUAGUUUGGUGGCCAAAAUCAUGGGCAUGGAAAACGUCUCCGCCUUCAAAUCCCUCCGAACACUUCGAGCACUUCGACCUUUACGAGCUAUAUCUCGAGCAGAGGGAAUGAGGGUCGUCGUUAACGCUUUGAUUUGCGCCAUCCCCUCCAUCGGGAAUGUGCUACUGGUGUGCCUCAUCUUCUGGCUCAUAUUUGCCAUUAUGGGAGUACAACUCUUCGGAGGGAAAUACUACAAAUGCGUUGAUGAUGAAGGGAACAAGGUGAACGCCAGCUACGUCAGGGAUGAGUUUGAAUGUGGCCAGAAAAAUCUGUCCUGGAUCAACGCGCCGAUCAACUUUGACCACGUUGGACAGGCAUAUCUUUCACUGUUUCAAGUGGCAACUUUUAAAGGCUGGAUGGACAUUAUGUAUGACGCCAUUGACAGUACGGAUGUGGGCUUGCAACCCGAAUAUGAGAUAAAUCUCUUCAUGUACCUGUACUUCGUCCUCUUCAUCAUCUUUGGUUCCUUCUUCACUCUCAACCUCUUCAUUGGUGUCAUCAUUGAAAAUUUCAACGCACAGAAGAAAAAGGGUGGAGAAGGAUCCUCUAUUGACUUGUUUAUGACUGAGGAUCAGAAGAAGUACUACGCUGCCAUGAAAAAACUGGGUUCCAAGUCCCCAACCAAGGGAAUCCCGAGGCCUGCGAAUAAAGUCCAGGCAUUUUUCUACGAUGUAGCCAUGCAUCAGAUAUUCGAGAUCUUUAUCAUGAUUAUCAUCGGCCUGAACAUGGUGUCCAUGAUGAUCGAACACUAUGGCCAGACGCAAGAGUUCACCGACAACCUGGCCUUGGUCAACAUCGUGUUUAUCGGCAUCUUCACAUGGGAGAUGGUAUGGAAGAUGACUGCCUUUGGCUUUAAAUACUUCAGCCAAGGCUGGAACAUCUUUGACUGCGUUGUCGUCGUUAUGUCCAUAUUAGGAAUUCUGUUGGAGGACAUCAUCGAAAAAUAUUUCGUCUCCCCUACAUUACUAAGGGUCAUCCGUGUGGCAAGGAUUGGCCGAAUCCUUCGGCUCAUUAAAGGAGCCAAAGGCAUCCGUACUCUGAUAUUUUCUUUAGCCAUAUCUGCACCGGCUCUGUUUAACAUAGGACUGCUGCUCUUCCUCGUCAUGUUCAUUUAUGCCAUUUUCGGAAUGAUUUCCUUCAUGGAUGUGAUUCGUAAUAAAGGCUUGACUGAGAUCACCAACUUUGAAACGUUCGGUAACAGCAUCAUAUCGCUGUUUGAAGUCUGCACCUCUGCCGGCUGGGACGGUCUUCUUGCCGGUGUUAUGGUGGAGCCGCCCGACUGUGACCCGGAGCCUUCCGAGGAUUAUCCAAACGGAAACUGUGGGAACAGUUCCCUGGCCAUCUUCUUCUUCUUGUCUUAUUUAGUCCUGAACUUCCUUGUUAUGUCCAACAUGUACAUUGCUGUUAUUCUGGACAACUUCAGUAACGCCGUGGCAGAAGCCGAUGAAGGAGGCGUCACGGAAGAUGACGUUGACAUGUACUAUUCACUUUGGGAGCGCUACGACCCGCACGCUACCAAAUACAUCCAUUUGGACCAGGUGUCGAAAUUUCUACAUGAACUUGACGCCCCUCUUAGAGUGCCCAAACCAAAUAAAGUCACUAUAGUCUACCUGGACCUGCCAAUAUGCACGGAGGAUAGGGUAUAUUGUAGAGACCUUUUGACAAAACUGACGGAUAAGGUGAUGGACACGCUUCACCAAGAGAAGACGGAAGAAGAGCUGGCUGAGGCGUUAGCUGAUCCGGAAAGACCCGAGGACUAUGAGGUGAUCAGCUCCACCAUGGCGAGAAGGCGCGAAGAGCUCGCUGCUAUGGCCGUCCAGAGGGCCUUUAGGAGGUGGAUGUUGAAAGCUUCCAUCGAAAGGGCUCCGGAGUUUUUGAAAAGGGAAGAUGACGAUGAAGACAUAACAAGUAUGAAAAGUACAGAUGACAUGAAGGACGAAGGAUCGCCGAAGGCUGAUAAAUCUCGCAGGGCUUCUCUAACAUAGCAAUAAGACACCAAGAAUUGUUAGGCCUAUGUCGCGGUCAGUAGAGGAUCCUACGUAACACUACGCCUUGGUCAAGUUGAUCAGAGUGGAUCUUCAGGUUGAAACUCAGUAUCAGACUUUGGCAGAUUGAUAUGCAUGAAAUGUUUAAUCUGCACCCGCAGUUACCUUAAACAUUGCAAUCAAUCAGACGAAAGGAGUACUGAUUCUGAUGUAAGAACUUUGUGGUGCUUCAGGCUAAGCCAAAGAAAUUAGAAUCAUGUCUGUUUUGGUUCUUCAGAAUUUCCCUGGCUACCACAGCUUUCUUGGCUGUAAUUUCUGUCAGUAGUAUUCCAGUCAUCUCAAAAUCCUUGGUACAAUUGUAUAAGAAAAAGACUACACGUGGUGGGAUAUAAGAAGGAUUUGGACUGAAAUCAUACCCAUGGCUCACGACAGAACCGUGACUUCUGUGCCUUUCCUAACUCACGUACAUAAAGUUGAUGCCAAUCAUAGUGUUUCACUGACAAGACUUGUCUAGUUAGUAGGUAAUGAUUCGUGUUGUUCACGAACACGACACACCUUCUUAUAACGCAGCCCAAGCUGCUGUUUGUCUAUUUUAGAUUAAGGUCUUGCUUUAAGAAAUAGUGUUAUAGGAAGGGUCAUAUACAUACACACGGUUAGGGUUUAUCUUUAUAAUGAUAAUACAGCAGGAUUUAUCUCCAACCAUGUCCACCCAUGCCAUCUGAGUAGGCACUCAGCAGGGUAAUCACCACUCGUUGAUUGUGUGUUAUUGCAACCUCAGAAAUCGCUAUGUCAAAAUACAUGAACGUACAUGAAAAUACAUGAAGUCUCAUGAAGCGUUCCGAGUCAGUUCACGUUGGCAUUUAGAAUAAUCCGUCAGAUUGUAGAAUAGGCAUUUUUGAUAAUUGAGAGAUUUUGCAUUGGAAAUUGAAGACUUAUGAUGCUUUGCUAUUCAUGUAGGUCAGCAUAGUAACAGCAUAGUAACCUGUCUGUUGCCUGUCACUGAUAUAUAAGUCAUGUUCUGGAUACGUUGAAAAUCUGCAUGAUCUGACAUUGUUUUUUCAUAACAAUUGCCUGAAUACAAUGUCAAAUUCAUGGAAAGUAAAGCAAAUCAGUACAUUUACAUGAAGCGUUGACUUGCGUGGGCGUUGCCCCAUUAACUAUGCAUCUUUAUCCAAGACGUCACAGUAUUGUUCUCCGAAAGCUGUGGUAAAGUCAAAUCCUCUUCAUGUACAAUUUUUUAAAGUUGUGAAUAUUUACAAGAUGCUGAAUGUCAUCAAGAGGUGAUGUUGUGGUAUCAAAUCCUAUUUGAAAUAAACCUACAGGUAUUCUGUCAACCCCGCUGUUCCUAAGGUAUGUCAAACGACUAGGGCAGGGGUUCUGAAGAUAAGCUGCACAUUUAAGGACAGGGCUAAAGAGGCUUUACCAUGGGCUAUCAUGGAUAUGUACAUAACAUUUCAUUGGAAAUUAAACAUGAUCAUAUUUCAAAUAA